UGCCCAUCGAUCAACUUAGUCCCGGCUCUAUCCUUGCAUCAAUGCAUCACCGUUUCAGGCUCAUCGAUCAUCAACACCAAUUCUAGGCUGUUUUCAAUUUUGGCCCUCCUUCUCCAUAAUGACAACUCUUCUGAUCACUUGGCCGUGAAUACAUACCCUACUCGGUGCACCAUGAGGCAUUCACGAGGAUGCCUCACUUCUGACGCGCGACCUGAGCUAACCUCUUGAUACAUCUGCCGUGAUUCUUCCUCAUGGUAGAGAGGUUUCCCCUGUUUUCCCAAACUCGAAUCAGUAUGGCCAAUCCUCACCACACUACAACCAUUCCCCGUCUUCUCAACAUCUCUGGUGUCUCUAUUGAUUUCAGCAAUUUGGGAAAGAAUGUAGAAUCUGCUGAAGUACGGAUUGGCAAGUCGCACAGGCCAAUUGAACGCGAAGCAGGAAAGGCGUUGCAACAGACAUUUUCUCCACCCUUGGAGCUUUGCCUUGGGGAUUUAUUUUCCUUACAUGUGCGGUGGAAGAAAUGGCUUGGAAGGAAGAUCGAGCAUGAAGACGUUAACUUCGAUACGGAAGAGAUGUUCUGGGUGUCUGGUGCAAGGGGAGAACCCGAGAAACAAGAAUACAUCAAGUUUCAUCAGAAAAUCAAGAUCGUUGUUGACCUCUCCAGGAAUACAUCAACUGAGGCUGAGCAGCUUGCAUCUCCCGAUGAUAUCGUGGAGCUUCAGCCAACCACUGACGAAAUCAUUCAUAUUUGUCCUCGGUUCCGAAUUCUGGUGAUCGGAAAGACAGGCGUCGGAAAAUCGUCUCUAAUAAAUCAUGCAUUCGGAGUGGAAAACGCGGUGGGCUGCUCGCGACACUUCAAUACGUGUGGAACGCUACUCAUAACGUCUCCAUAGUUCGCUUCGCAUAUCAAGCCGGGUGAGGCUGACAUCGACCACGAGUUCACUUCGCCUCAGAACGACAGGUUUGUUCUCCACGAUAGCAAAGGGUUCGAACCUGGCGAAGAAGUCAACGUCAACGUAGUCCGACGUUUCAUUGAACGUCGGAGAACCAUGCCUGAUCUGAAAGACCAGCUGCAUGCUGUAUGGCU